AAACCCGUUGUCGUUGACAAAAUUCGGCGCGCCAAGCGAAAUGUGUCUUAGUUCGAAUUAAUUCCGCCAGAAACGCUAGUGAGCUAGCAGAAACUAUUUUGAAAAUAGAAGUUUCGCGAUUUAAAAUAUUGCCAAAUUAAUCCGCAUUCUGUGUGAAUCAAGUCAUUGAACGCAUUUUAAAAGUAAAUUUAAUAUGAGUCUCUUUCAUAAAUUUCGUUCAGUAAACCGAUAUUACCGGAAUGUAUUAAAUAACAUGUUUUGUAGUUCCUAACCUCAAAAGUGAUGUUUACGUAAAUUUGAAUCUGUGCUUAUAAAACUUUAAUAAAUAAUUUAUAAUAAUGGCAAAAAAGAAACUGACCGUAAUCUAUUUAGUAUUAAAUAUCGUCUGCUCAAUAAUCAUUGUUCUUCUCAACAAAUGGCUUUAUGUACACGCCGGAUUUCCGAAUAUCACUCUCUCAAUGAUUCAUUUUUUAAUAACUUUUAUCGGUUUAAUAAUUUGUGAGAGGAUGGACGUUUUUUGUAUUAAGGACGUGCCUCUUAAGGAAAUGCUUCUUAUUGCCACGACAUUUUGUGGAUUUGUCGUUUUCACAAAUUUAAGUCUAGCCAAUAAUACUGUCGGCACUUAUCAAAUAGCCAAAAUGCUAACUACACCUUGUGUUAUUAUUAUGCAAAUCAUUUUUUAUAAAAAGUAUUUUAGUACUCUGGUUAAACUGACUCUGAUACCGAUUAUCCUCGGUGUUUUUAUCAAUUUUUAUUACGAUAUUCAGUUCAAUAUUCUAGGAACGGUUUACGCUACAUUGGGAGUUCUUGUUACUUCUCUGUAUCAAGUGCUUGUCAACAGAAAGCAAAAGGAAUUUCAAAUGGAUCCAAUCCAGCUUUUGUAUUACCAAGCACCAUUAUCGGCAAUUAUGCUUUGGAGUGUUAUUCCUAUUUUUGAACCUGUAGGAAGUACGUUCACUUUAAACUGGCCAUUUAUUGAUAUCAUAAUGGUCCUUUUGUCAGGAAUUAUUGCAUUUUUCGUGAACCUAACAUCUUACUGGAUAAUUGGAUAUACGUCUCCGCUAACGUAUAAUAUGGUUGGCCAUUCAAAAUUUUGUCUACUACUUUUAGGAGGCUCGAUUGUAUUCAACGAGUCUCUUGCCAUAAAUCAGUUAAUAGGAAUUACCCUGACACUCGUCGGCAUUAUUUUAUAUGCGCACGUAAAGAUGCAGGACAACAAGAGUUUAUUGCCUCAAUCAGUAGAAGACAGAAAUCCUCUACACAAAAUAUAAUUAUUUUAUAUUGAAACUGUGCGAUUUGUUUGUAAAUAAAUUAUUUUUUUAUACAAACUUCCUUGCUACAGGUCCGCAAAUUCUGGAAAGUCAAGGAAUUCAAAAAUGGUCAGG